AUGGACGACGAAGCCUUCUUCCUGCUGUAUCUCUUAAGAAAGACGUUUCACAAAGUUCAAAGCUCAACUAUGGACACUGAAGUUGGCAAAAAUUUGCCGGCAAGAAUCCUCUACCUUAAAAAAAAAGUAAACAAGGAAACAUUUUAAGUUUCUUGCGGCUAUAAUGUUGACAAAUCCACCCAUCGAUAGAGGCGUUUGGUCGCUUCUUUCAUAAUUGUAAGUAAUUCUUUUACGUCGCUUUCUUUCCAAGAACGUCCGCGUGAUUUUGGUGGAGAAACGAGCAGCCAUGUUGAAGUAUACGCAAGAAAACCGCUAGACUAUAUGAAAGGAGGCUCCAAUUUGACCCGUUAAAGCGUUUACACUACAUGUUCUAUCCGAACCGUGCUGUUUUUUCUUUUUUAGCACCCGUACCAUUUUCACCCGUGCUCGGACUACCUUUCCGAAGGUCCCAGCACGGGUACAAAUUUUGGUUCGGCAUGGUUGAAAUUUGGUACGGACAGGUUUUUUACACUGCAAAUUUUAUCCGAGCCGAACCCUCUUUUUGGGACCCGUGCCAUUUUCACCCGAGCCGUGCCAGAAAUUUUCUGUAGUGUAAACCGGGGUUUAGUGUUAUUUGCUAUACCUGAUGUAAAGAUAACUGGUCUUAAAUCAUAUAUUUGAAAAUCAUAUACAGAAUCAAUUCAAACUUUUACAAGCUAAGCUUCCAUGUUAAUCAACGGAGCCUCCUCCUAUGGCGAAGGGAGUCUCUGUCGUAUCAUUUUUUUAAAGUAGAUGCUGUAGAUGCCUACAACUUUGUGUCAUAUUCACUACUUUAACAUUGCUCAUACACCGAAUGCUUGUUUACCUCUCAAAAUUUUGCAAAAGCAUUGUAGUCCAUUUUUCUUGGGACGUCUGGAAAUUGGAAAAAUCAGAAACUAAUUACAAAUUUUGGGGAUUAAAAGGCGUAUUAUGGGCAAUGUGUGAAUGGUGAAUCAACGGGAUAAAAAGCAUUUUGAUUAAAUCUAAUUUACAUGCAAGAGUACUGAAAUCUAUUCGACAGCUGUGUAAACGAAUGUUUAGUAGCAUAGAUACCAAAAUUGUUUUCCAUUUUCCAGGUGUACGUUGACUCGUUCAUGCCCACUAUUCAAAUCACAUGUAUUGAAGAGAUCAAUAAACGCUUUAUUCUGGAUUAACAUGUAAAAUGAAAAUAAUCUUAAAAUCACAUAAACCAAAUAAUACUACUGGUUUUUUAUAUUCGAACGAAAUCAGUAUUUUCCUGCCAAUUUAAACGAAUUCUUAACAUAGACCUCCUAUAGACCACUGUUUCAGAAAAUCAUUGGAUCACCAGCUCAGAUUUUUAGUAGAUCAAUUAAUAAAUGUUUUUCUUUUCUGUCUUCUUGCCUAUCAAACGUUGGAGUAGCAGACAUUGGAUUUGGCUGAACUAUUAAACUCCCUCGACGGUGUUUGCAUUAAUUAGUUAAACUGUAAAACACACAAAUGCAAAUCAGCAUAAUAAUUACUUCAUAACUGGGAAUUCAUCAAGAUCUGUGUUCCUUCGGGUGUUGGAAACUUCUUAAGGAUGUAAUUCAAUGCAAAUUUAUCUUUCGCGGAGGUACACCAGAACAGACCACAUUUUGUGAAGAGACUUCAUCUGGCCAAUAUAUUUCUUUGUGUCCGCAGAGAUUUUUUAUCAUUGCUGUUUCGAAAACAUGGAAUGGAAAUUUCGCGUCUUACUUUCCUUGGUUAUCUUCGUAAUAUUUGGAGUACUGAUAAUGCUAUCGUCGACAGAAAUCAAGAAAGGUAAGAGUGCAAUAAAUUUGAAAAAUAAUGGCGCAAUUCAUGGUUUUUGUUACCUCGACUAUGACUAAAACUGAUCGGGAUUUAACAUAGGGAUGAUCGCAUUUUUUUGCUUUAUCGUAUUUGCUGCAAAACGUCUUAACUUGAGUGGUUCUAUAAACAGUUACCGUUAGCAAGGAUAGUAAGGAUUUAUUUCUACCAUCAUUUAGAUAAAAUUUGAAUCCAUCAUUUUAAAAAAAUAAUAUUCAAAAAGUCUCGUCCAAAGACGGUGGUAUAAUCAGUAUAACCUGCUGGAAAUAAAAUACGUCACGAUGAAUCUUGCUGUUUCAGUAUUCUAAUCUCUCAGCAUGAUUUCAAGUCACAAUUUUAAUGAAGAAUACGUUUCAAAAGCUCUUUCUUUCUCAGAACGAUUUGAAUUUAUGUCUUCUUCAGUGAAUCGACAGACGAGAUCACGUGACUUCGUGAGGCACGUAAAAUUGUUCUGUUUUGUGGCGGUCGCUCUGAGAGAGGAAAUUCUGUUAUACAUGUUUAAGCCAGAGUAAAGAGACAACAAUUUGACCUCAGUGAAAUUUAAGAGCCAAUCAUGGACUUACUCUGCCUUCAAGAUUUCGAAAAAAAUCUUUUGUGCCUGCAAAUUCAAACAAAUUUCCGAUCUAGUGUUCCUAAGGGUUGAUAGUGUUGAUAUUGGUAAUUAGUUAUGACAUGCAUGUCACCCUAUGCUUACAGUUUUAAAGUCAUGUAUUUCUUCUGUUGUUUCAAAACAAAGCCGACAACCAUCAUGCUAUAAUUGUCCUCCCCUUUCAUCUUCCACAUCACUCACGUAUUACUUCAGUUACUUCGUUCUUGUUGACACGAGAACAUAACUCUCCUUUAAAACUGUUCCUCUUUGCUCUUUUAAGUGUGGCCAAAGCUUCACACACGUUACAGGAUUUUGAGUUUCUCAGCCUCAGCAAAAAUUAUGGAUGAAAAGCGUCCAUUCAUUCCGGAGGGUUUAGAAUGCCGAGCACAGAAAGAAAAAGGCUUUUAUCCUAGAAUUUUGUAGCUUUUUUGUCGCCUUGGAAUUGCCAUGUUUUGGCCAGAAUGUCAGUUCUGACGGUUGAAAUAACCUGCGGCUUGUUUUGAUAGGUCUUGCCAUUUAUCAUUUCUCGGUGUUUCGCCUAAGUGAAUCUUUUUACUGAGGCUAAUUGUUCAGCUUUACGGGAUAGCUUUUGCGCUGCCACGAAAAUGAUAAGGGAUACGGCUUCUGUUGGCACACAAGAACGGCGAUUGCGGCGCGACCGCUGUGACGAAGAUCGGAUAGGUUUUCAGUGUGCCAUACUUUGGUGCAGUGUGAACCAAGAGAGACAGACAUUCUUCUCUGGGUGUGAACACAAUAAGUAGGAGCGAGGACUGAAUAUUCAGGAGUAAGGACUGCACCAACCCUCUCCAGGAACGACUUGUCCCGCUCCAGGCUGUUGCUGUUCGUGCUGCACCCGACGUCAUGCAGCUUUUCGUGGCGCAACGAAAAGCUAUCCACUAUCCGGUAUAGUCUAUUUAUUUAUUUACCAGCUUUUCUGGACAUAGGCCUGCCCAGAGGGAAUACGCACGAACGGGACUCGGGUCCCAUGCGAGGUGCCAUCCCUACCCAAACCCACAACCCGUAAAGGUUGACCACACCACCGAGGUCUACAACCCCUACUCUUUUCGAAUAGUGAAGUGCGUUCUCUUAAGUCCCACAAAAACAAUUAAAUCAGUGAAAGUGCUGUGAGACGGGACCUACGGUUUUUCGUCCUUAUCUGAGAAGACUAGAAAGUCUAACCAUUUGCAGAUGUCCGGUUACAAAGGCUGCACUUUCUUCUCACUCUCAGUUAAUUAAAGACCCUGUGUGUUUUUUCCGGCCGGGGCUUAAACCAGCGAGACCGGCGCUCUCCAAACUGAGCUAACCAGGCGGCGGUCAAAACGGUCUGAGCAUAACCUUAUAUUAGUUUUCCUAGUAUCGCCCAGGCCUGAGAAAGGCCAUUGUCUGUUGAAACGUAGCGAUGUAAAUUUUUCUCUCUUUUCAGUUUCAGAAGCGCGGAUUGCAAUCCAGACUGAUGUGUCGGUAAGUAAUAGAACAUAUAGUGUAACUAUUACUGAAUUAAAUUGAGUAAAAAACAAAAUACAGCCCUUAAUCGUCCUCAUCAAAUUAGAUACCUCAGCACUUAAAUUAGCCUGUGAACAGCAGACGCAUUUCCGGUCGUCUCUUCUCUCCCUCCGAAAAAUUUCGGAGAGAGAGAAGCGACGACCAGAAAUGCGUCUGCUGUUCGCAGGUAGCCUGAGUAUCAGGCGUUUCUGGGAGAAAAGAGGAAAGAUGGAAGCGAAAAAGAGAGAGAGCUGAAGGAGAGAAACCUUUCCUUUCUCUUCUCCCCCUCCCCCCUCCCCCAUCUAAAAUCUCCUCUCCCCAAGCCCCUUAGGAAGGCCUGAUACGCAGGCUAUUCGCAGGCUACACUUAAAUGGACGACCAUGUGAUAAGAAUUUUGUAACGACGUUUAAUAUUCAUUGAAUAUGCGUUUUAGGCAGGUUUUUAAUGUAGCUAUCAGGAAAGACUGAAAACCUAAUUGUUUUGUUAUUUUCACAGACAGUGACGGCCAUAUCAGCACAAGAACUUUUCCUGACUAAACUAGCCGAAAGGCAAGAAAUGAGGAUACAACAACUGAAAAAUUACUGCUUGGAACAUUCAAACGAAAAGUUACCGUGGGACAGAAAACGGCAACUCGGGCAAUUUCUUAUCGACGAUGACAAUAAAUUUAUUUACUGUGCCGUUCCUAAGGUGGGAACCACACCCAUGAGGAUGACGCUACUGCGUUUGAGGAACGACAGCAGAAUCAAACUUACGGGAGGUUCAGUUCAUCUUCCUAAAUACUGGAGACGUUUAAGUGAUCAAGAAUUCAACGAAACAGAGUUAUCCAAACGUCAAAAUACACAUUUCAAGUUUCUGUUUGUUCGAGAGCCGUUUCACCGACUUCUGUCCGGCUACAAAGAUAAAUUCUUUGGAAAAAACAGAGUUUAUACCAACGGAUAUCGUCGACUAAUAGUGAAAGCUUUGAGGCCACAGGAUGAGGAGAAGGUUGCAACAGAGACGAAUAACGUUACAUUCACCGAGUUUCUUACGUAUCUCUUAUCUGAUAGAAACCCGAUGAUUCGCGAUGGUCAUUGGAAGCAAGCACAAAAACUUUGCUUUCCGUGCGCUUUUGACUUCGACUUUAUCGGCCAUUUUGAGACGCUUCAAGAGGACGCCGAUUAUUUGAUAAGCAAAACGGUUUUUAAUGGCCGUGUUAAAUUCCCAGUCGUACGUACGUCACAGGUUUCUAGCGAUUUUUUGGAGUAUUACUCAGAAGUUCCAAAAGAAAUAAUAUUCAAACUGGGAGAAGCUUUCAGGAGUGACUUUGAAAUGUUUGGUUAUGCAUUCCCUGGACCUCUAAAAAGUUUACUUAAAAACUAUUUUAAUAGUAGUACCCAAAGUUAA